ACUAUAGCUUAUGUGAUGGUUUUUUACUCAGAAGAAUGAGCCAAAGAAAGAAAAAAAAUAGUUCAUAUUUUUUUUUUUAAUUUUCAUUUCUUUUACUUUCUUCAAACUACAUAGUUCUGACGUACUUACUUUAAUAUGUUCAUUAAAAAUUCUGAUUCAAAGUUAAAGUAUACACACUCAUAGCUAAUAAACACGUAUGUUUUCAAAUUGUUACAAAAUCAACAACACUCGUGAAGAAAAAAAAAAUUUUUUUUUUUCAUUUUUCUUGUUUUUUUUUGUUAUCAAAAUUAACAAAAAGACAAAUAGUUUAGGACGUAUGGAUCAUAAAAAAACUUAUUGAAACAAAUUAGAAAUAGUGAUUGAAUAAAUAGCUCAAAUUUUUCUCUUUUAACAACAACAGUGACGAAGAGAGACAAGAAGGACGUUUUUGCAUGCGUUUCAAUAUGUUUACAGAUAGCAUUUGAAGAUGGUAAAUUUUAAUUUAUUGUUCAUAUGAGUAACUUUUCUAACUCUUGACUCAACGGUAGAUCGAGACGAGUUUAUUAGACUUCUGACGUUCGCAGAUAGGAAAUAGACAAAACAUGUUUUCUAGAUCCAGUUGACGCUAUGACAGAAAAUAUAUUUGAUAUCAAGCCAGAUUUUUUAUUAUGGAACGAUUGUAAUAGACCUAAGUCUAAUAGACUGACAUAUUGAAAGAAAUGUUAUACAUUGUAGACCUUCUAGUAUAAAUUUAUUUAAUUUUAUUCUUCAAUUGAUGACUUAUUUCGAUAAUCACCAUUUCUCUUUCUGGGAAUGUGCCAUAGGAUUGUUUUCAUUUUUAUAUUCAAUAUAAUUGAUAAAAAAGAAUUGGUAUUAGUUCGUUUUUCUUUCUUUUCUUUUAUAUACUCACAAUAAGAGAGCACAGGAUGAAGAAGAAUAAUUUCUUUUUAGUAUUGUUCGAAUAGUUAAUAUUACAUAGACACACUGUUUGUUGUUAAAGUUAAACGUAUCGAUAAAUUUUUAAAUAAAAAAGGAAAGAAAAAAUGGUGUGCAUAUAUAUAUAUAUAUAUGUGGAUAAUUGUAAAAUAUCCACACAAAAAAAGAAAUGAUGAGUAUGACGUAGAUUCCAGUUGUGCGGUAUACUAUACUAGCCUAUAUAUAUAUAUAAAAGAAACAAAACACCUGUUAAAUUGAAAUCUAUAUAUAUAUAUUGUUUAUAGAAUAAAUCCAAAGAAAAGACGGUAAGCAGCAGCUAUCUAAUAAAAACUAAUUUGGAAAUAUGAUUAAUGCUGUAAAUGCUUAAUCUAAUCACUGUUUCUAAUACGUUUUUUUGUUUAUUUUAUUAUUUUUUCAAUUUUAGGCAUCGUCUGGUAGUAGCUCUUACGCAUCUGUCAAAGAAAUGGAUCAUGAAUCAUCUGUUAGUAGUAUUCGAAUGCGUCGAGAAUCAGAUGAAUCUUCAUUUAAUACUGUAAUACAAACAUGUGAACGAUUAGAAAAUUCAGCAGCACGUGAUAAAAUAUCAGUAAAAAAUACAAGAAGAAAACCGACAAGACCACGAUUAAGUACACUUGGUGAACGAGAUGAAAAUGAACAAGAUUUAUUUUCUACAUCCGACGAUGAUGAUCAACCGCCACCGUUACCUCCAAAACAACGAACAUAUUUAAAAGCAACUCAAUCAUUACCUGUAGAUCAAAAAAAGAGUCUUUUAUCGUCUACACCAGAAGAAGUCAAUAUUAAUGAUGAGACACAGCGACACCAUCUAUUAUCAUCAUCUUCACGUGAACAUUUAUCAAAACAGCAAAAUUAUUUGGAUUCUAAUGGAAAAUCAUCGUCUAUUAUUGACAAACAAAGAAAUGAAGAUAUUUCUUCAACCACCUUGAAAACUCCCACAAUUCCACUAGUUAGUUUAACCGAUAUCGAUACAGUUCGAGCAAAACUUCGUUUAUCCAGUCGUCGUGAUCGUUCAGCAGAUAACGUUUUGUUAUUAUCUUCGUCGUCAACAGCAACCUCUACAAAUCUAAGAGAUUCUGAAACAACAUCAGUAAGUCCUCAAUCAUCAUCAAUUAUUCAACGUUCUGUUAGUUUUAAACGUCCGAUUACUGAUACUGACAAAUCUGCUAUAUCAAAACCAUCAUCCACUCUUUCACAAUUAACAAUGACACAAUCACUCUAUCAUCAAACAUCAAAACAAGAUGAACAAUUUACAACAAUAAAAUCGAUAUGUUCAUCUGACAGUCGAUCUGAUAAAACUGAAGAUGAAAAUACACAUAAUCAUUUUAGAAAAUCGAAUCGAACAGAUUUAACGAGUACAAGCGAUAAUAAUCUAGAAACUUUAAUAUCAUCACAGCAACCAGUACUCAAGUCUAAACAAGAUUACGCUGAUUCAAAUUUUAAUGAAGAAUUAAUAAAUAAUACUCAAAUUGAUGAAAAUAAACUUUCUUCUCGCUUUUACGAUAAUAAUCGCUAUCGUAAUGAACAACAAAUACAAAAGCAAUUGAUUGAACCAUCUUUAGCAAAAGCAACAUUUGUUACAACAACAUUUCCUUCAUCUGCACUGUCAUCACUAGUCUCCAAACAUCAUUUAUCAACGUCGAAUGAACAUAUAUACGAUAAUUUAGAUGUAUUUCGUCAUAAUUCAAAAGAUCUAAUUAAAUAUCCACAAGAGGAUACCGAGAAUAUUGCUCCAUCACCGGUCUCAAAUGAUACUUCAACAUCAUCAUCUUCUGUUCAAACCCGUGAUCAUGGUCCUGCAAGUGUUAGACAAAAACGUCCAACAACAGUUCAUGUAUCAUCGGAUAAACAAAAAAAUGAAUUAGAAAACGUAUGGAAUAAGUUACAGAAACAACGUUCAAUUAAAAGAAUAAAAACAAAACAAGAAGAAAUUACCAAAGAUGACGAUCAAGUGGAAAUGGUAGAUCAAACAAAUAUAAACGAAUUAGAAUCGAAAUAUGAACGACAUCGAACACCAUCACCUGAACAACAAGUACCAAAAGAAGAGUCAACAAUACUAGAACUAUCGUUACCACCAAAAUUAACUAUAGAAAAAAAAAGAAGUCCAAUUGAACAACCAAUAAAUAAUCGACGAAAAACAGUGGGUGGAAUACAAGCAAAAGUAGACAUACUAAAUGCGUCAACUAUAACAAAAAAUAGUGAUGGAGCUACAACGAAUAGUCCGUCUUGGAUCGAUAUUGCUAAACAAAAACAAGUUAAAUAUAAUACAACAAAAGAUACUACUUUGGACGUGCCUCUGCAGCAACAAUCAACACCUAUUGAUAAAGACUAUAAGAAGGUUAACAAAACCGAACAUAUUGUAUCAGAAAUCAACUUAAACGUUACAGCUCCUGUCAGUAUAACACCUUCUUCUCCUAAUUCAUCUCCACUUUUGUCAACAAAUAAUACUAAAACAAACACAACAACAUUUACUUCUUCGUCUCCUCGUUCAUCAUCGCAAAAUCGACGUUUAUCAACAAAAAUCGAUUCAAAGGAUGAAAAUAAUAAACCAUCUUCAACAUUAAUAACAACACCAACAACAAUCACUCAAGUCGAUUAUCGAUCGAAUAGAAAAUCAAUGUACGUCGGAGAACCAACACCAGCAAUGUCAACACACGAAAGGGAUUCAAUUCGUGCACUUAAACAAGGAAAUCCCAAUAGAAUCAACAAUUUAAUUCAGUUUUUCGACAAAUAG